ACAAAGAAUUGAUUAAAAGAUUUGGGAAUUUCGUAACAAAUCCCAAUAGUUUAGCUGCAAAGGUCGAGCUCAAAUAAUUGUAAACGUUUGUCAUCCAUGCCUGGGUUCGCCUAGUAGGUCAAGGAUAAUGAGCUGGAGUGAUUUAUUUGUUUAUUUUUGAAUUGACAUUUUGCUUGGAAACUGCAUUACAGCAUAACCCACAAAUGACACGUUUUGUACAUUUACAACCUGGGUCAUCGUCAUUAAACUUUUUUUCUUCUUCAAAAACUCAAUUCCCAGGACCGUUCCACAUAUUCUUUGUAAAAUGAAUUUCCUCUAAAUUUCUCUUCGUUUCAGAAACUUUCAAAUGUUACUCCCCAAAAUGAGUCCAACCACUCGAUCAUGUGCUCCCGACUGCCGAAGCGUCACAACGUAGAGCCCGUGUUUCGUAUCAUCUCACAGCUCUUUGCCGACCGUUCCGAUCUUGCGUCGUCUUCCGUCGCCCGGACCGAUUCGGAGAUGGGUGACUUCUAUCGCAUACCGGCCGAUAGCAUCCCGCGCGAUCCUGACCCACCCAUUCCCGGCAAGACACGGUUCCACAAGCGCAAGACGCACACACGCCGCAAACCAAGAGCAUCACCUCAAGGUACAGCUCUAACCUAUUCCGGUGCGAUCGUCGGUCGUAGCAAAAGUGUGGACGAUCUAACGGCUGUGGCCGGUGUCGGUUCCGAAUCGGACACAGAAGAGGAUGCGAUUACCAAAUCGCACGACACAAUUGCCCCUUCACACCAUCAUCAUCAUCAUCGCCAGGCGGAAAAGCUUCUCCAGCUGAAGGACCAACAGAUAGCCAAGUUGAUCAAGAAGCUGACGGCCGUGUUUGAGUGCAACAAUCAGUUCGCGGUGGAGCACGAAAAGCUGCAGAAGGAGUACCAGCAGGCGGUGCAGAGCCUGCGCACGCUCGAAGCCAUUCAGGCGAAAAGCUGCGACAGUUGCGCCGGCUUUGAAGCGGAACGAAGCCUACUGACAAAAGAAAAUGCCGAUCUACGGAACGAUGUCAAAAUGAUGAAGAUACUCGUGUACCGGCUAAAUGUACAGAUCGAACGGUAUCAGGACACGAUCCGCGAGGGCAGGACCGACAUACCCCGGCUCGACUUUGUCGACAGCACGUACGGGGGAGCGAAGGACAAUCUGAACUGGGGGCCGGUGAAUUCGCACACGCUCGGACCGCUGCUGAACGCGUACGAGGAAACGAUCGCCGAGAAGACGACACUGGUGCAGCGGUACGAAUCGGAGCUGGCCAGUUUCACCGGUAAGCUGAAGAAGGUGCUGGAGGAAAACGAAGCACUGCAGAAGAUGGCGGAAGAGGUACGGGCCGGCCAGAGCGGAUGGACGUCGGAAAAGGCACGCCUGCAGGCGCAGGUUGAUGUGCUGCGGAGCAAGGCGGAGGUGCAGGGGAAGCGGGCCGAUCUGGCGAAGGAAAAGCUGGUGGAGGUGCUAAAAUGUUACGAACAGAAAGUACAAGCCCAAAAUCUAGACAUUGAGCGCCUGCAGGAAGCUUACUCACGCGCGAAAGGGGAGCUGACCUCACUGCGCAAUCUGAACCAAAAUCCAGAAGUUGUCGCGAAUAGUUUGAAGGAAUGCCAAAAACUUCUGGAGGAACUUCGACACCAGCACAGCGAGGAACGUGCCCGUACGGCAACGGAGGUGGAAUCCCUGCGGACCGAGCUUCGCCAGCGGACGGCCGACCUUGAGCAGCUUCGCCAGGACCACCGGCAGCAGCAGGGCAUCUUCGAGCGGCAGAAAGAAAUCAAUGAAAUCCUUAUGGGAAAGAACACUACGCUGAAGCAAACGCUCGAGCGCACCAGACAAUCGAAGGAAAUACUGAAGCAGCGCCUCAAAACCAUGAUCAGCUGGGGCAAGGGUUCGGAACAGCGCAAAGAUCAGCUGGCCGACUGCUGGCGCAACAUUCGCGCACUGCAGGACCAGCUGCAGCAGCGCGACCGGCAGCUCCAGGCGCAGCAGCAACGCUUCCAGGCCGAGCAGGAGCAGCUGCAGCGUCGACUGCGCCAGCGGGAGGAUACGCUACGUAAGAUUCUAGCAGAUAAGGCCCAAUUUCAGCGCCACAGUUGAGCGGACGAUGCAAAUCCAUUAGUCAAUCGCUCAAUGUUUCUGAAAAAAAACAGAAAACAAAACAAAAUAUAGAGAAAACUGUACAAAGCAUAUUAUGUUCGCUUGAUUCAGCCAGAUUUACAAUCAAUUUUACGGGCCGUUUUCAGGAUAUAGUUGGGCACUUUUGAUAGAUUAUACUUUCUUUUUUAUUUCAUUCUUAGAUAAUGACUUCAUAUGUUUUUCAUUGCUUCAUACAUUUUUUUUCUCGCUCUUUCUUUCUUUUUUAUCGUUGCUCCUAAACACUACGCUGCAAAAACUCAUGCGAAAUCCGUUUUGCGCUCGUUCUAACCGGUUUGUUUUGUUCUUCUUCGUAAUCAAUAUAUAAAUACAAUUAGAUUUUUUUUGCCUCUUUCA